CAGCCAUGGGUUCAAGGUCGGUUAUUGUCCUGGGGGGUCCCAGGGGUCUCAGUCCUCUUUGCAGAGCACCAGCAUUGUCCUCUCAGUGGGUUUGGGGGGGGCAAACACACAUGGGGGGGUUCAGGGGUGACCAUUGGCUCCCCUCUAUCUCGUCUGAUAACACAGACCCCCCUCAUGUCCCCCCCGUGGGACCCAGAUGCCCUCAUGUCCCCCACUAUGCGUCACAGCACUCCCCCUGGAGUCCUGGAUUUGACCAUUUUCCCUGGGUUUAACCAUUAAUUUUCCAGGAUUUAAUAAUUAAUUUCCUUGGAUUUAACCGUUAUUUCCCUGGAUUUGACCAUUUUAUCUGGGUUUGACCAUUAUUUUCCCUGGAUUUGUUUUUACCUGCUACUUUCAACCCCCAAACCGGUGGCUUUUACUCCAUUUUCCUUGGAUUUGUCCAUUAUUUCCCUGGAUUUAAUCAUUAUUUCCCUGGAUUUAACCAUUAUUUCCCUGGAUUUGACUAUUAUUGUACCUGGAUUUUGUUCUUACCCCAAACCAGCUACUUUCAACCCCCAAACCAGCUGCCUUUCCCCCAAAACAGCUGCUUUUACUCUAAUUUCCCUGGAUUUGACCAUUAUUUCCCUGCUUUUAACCCUUAUUUCCCUGGACUUGACCAUUUUUCACUCCCAUCCUUGCUUGGUUUGGAGAAGGAAGCUGGUCCUGAUGGUCCCAAGUGGAUUGACAAUGGUUUCCUCCUCGGUCAUUGCUAAGAGCAACCCAAGAUGCAACGAUUCCAGCCAAAUGCGGCAAAGAAAUUGUGGGGUUUCCUGGAAGGUCUUCCUUUUCCAAUUAAUUUGGGUCAUUUUCAUAGGAAAAAAGUCUCCAAACAGAUCCGGCGUGGAGCUGAGCUUCGUGGUGCCCAAGACCACCUUCCUAGGAGUGAAACUGUGUGAGAAGAUGUUGGUUUCCUCCUGCUCCCACCUCCCUCGCGUCAGCUCUGUCCUGGCUUGUGUCCUGAUUUUCUUCUUUGGCUUCCAUGUCCAUGAGCUGGACUGCGCCUUGUUCAAGGUCCUGGGACCUGAUCACCCCAUCACCACUGUGGUAGGAGAAGAUGUCAUCCUGCCCUGCCACCUCUCCCCAGGGCUGAACGCUGAGAAGAUGGAGGUGAGGUGGUUUCGGUCCCACUUCUCCAUCUAUGUCCACCUCUACCACAGUGGGCAGGACCACUACUCCUCCCAGAUGCCCGAAUACCAGGAGAGGACUGAGUUAUUGAAAGAGGGCAUCUCUGUCGGAAAUGUCUCCUUGAGGAUCCUCAGAACCAGGCUGAGCGAUGAGGGGCAGUACCAGUGUCUCGUCAGGGAUGGGAACUUCUAUGAAGAAGCCACGGUGGAACUGAAGGCAACAGUUUCAGGUUCCAGCCCCGUCCUCUCCGUGGAGGAUUACCAGGAUGGGGGUAUCCGGGUGGGAUGCCGAGCAGCUGGCUGGUACCCGAAGCCAGAGAUACUGUGGUUGGAUGCCCAGGGCCACCAACUCCCAUCCCUCACCAUCGCUGACUCCCAGGACCAGGAUGGUUUGUUUGAGGUCAAGAAGUCCAUCAUCAUCCAAAGGAACGCCAACCGGAACCUGUCCUGCUCCAUCCGGAACACGCAGCUCCCCCAGGAGAAGGACGCGACCAUCAACAUCUCAGCCGUCAUCUUCCCACGUGGGUCCCCGUGGAUGGUGGCCCUGUUCGCCACCUUGGCCGCCUGCGUGGCUUCGCUCGCUAGCUUCGCUCUUCUCGCCGUACGGCUACGAGCCCAACACGCCUCGGAACUUGAGAAACGUGAUGCUGAAAUCUGUGAACGCGAUAAGGAAAUCGAGAAACAUGCUGCUGAACUGCGAUGGAGGAACACCAUUGUCCCGGUGGAAGAAGUGCAUGUCACGCUGGAUGAGGACACCGCCCACCCCCAGCUCAUCCUCUCAGCUGGUGGGAAGAGGAUACGGCGUGGGGACACACGGCAAGCCAUGCCGGACAACCCUGAGCGAUACGACACCUACCACUGCGUCCUGGGCCAGGAGGUCUUCUUCUCAGGAAGACACUUCUGGGAGGUGGAUGUGGGGACAGAGGAAGGAGGGGUCUGGGCCAUGGGGGUGGCCAAGGAGUCCAUGAAGAGGAAGGGAUGGAUCAACCCCGCUCCUCAAGAUGGGAUCUUGGCUCUUUUCUUCUGUGGGGGCAAGUACUGGGCCCUGACCUCCCCAGACCACACAGCCCUGCACCUCACCCAGAACCCCCGGCUGAUCAGGAUCUACCUGGACUUUGAGGAGCAGAAGGUUGCCUUCUUCAAUGCUGACAACCAGGACCUGCUCUUCACCUUCCCGCUGGCCCCGUUGAGUGGGGAGAAGAUCCGGCCCUGGUUCCGCGUGGGGCCGAUCGCCCAGCUCUGCCUGAAGUCACCUCCUCAACCCCCACGUGUGCCCAGUGUGGAGGAGGCCCUGCUCGGCUCAUGCUACCCCUGCAGAGCCUCCCUGUGGGCCACCAGGCCCCACAAGCACCAGAUGGCAGGACAUGACCAGGACUGGGACAUCCAUGGUGCCACCCACAAGCAGCCAUGAUCAAUGCCCAAGGUUCUUCUGAAGAACAUGGUGCCACCACGGCAUGCCAAGGCUCUUCUGGAGAACAUGGUGCCACCACGGCAUGCCAAGGCUCUUCUGGAGAACAUGGCACCACCACGGCAUGCCAAGACUCUUCUAGGGCAGCCAUGACAGCAUCUCCACUGGAGUGGCACCGAUCUGGUCUGCAGGAAGGUGGAGUGGUGGCCAAGAUGCAUCUGUCUUCUCCAAAGGUGACACCUCCAAGCAGGCUCCCAGCUCCUGGAAGUCCUUAUGCUGCAGCCUUCAACUCCCGGCAGAGUCCAGACCACCAGGUUGUCCAAACCCACCUGAGAUAUGUGAAGGAAAACCCCUCCAUGCCAACACCAAGAUGGGUCUAGGAAGAAGGAGUGUUGCAUCUCCACCUUAUUUUCCACUUCAUGUCCAGUCCCUGGAGUCCCACCAAGCCUGGCCAGUGGAAGGCAGAGGGGGAUGGUCUCCAUUGGCUGUUCCUGCAGUAGGGGAUUCGUGGUGGUUGGUUCUUGAGGUCCAAGCCAUUCUCCUGUAUUUAUAAGAGGUGUUGUUUCCAUAAAACCUCUCCUCUUGACAUUCAUGGGGUGUUGGAAGGGGAGGAGGGUGCUGCCAAGGUCCAGCCAAGGGUCUGGAUCAUCCAGCAGGUCCACAGAGCCAGGAACCAAGGCUGCAGCUCAAGAAGAACCAUCACCACAGCUUCUCAAGGAGGGUGGAGCACCCUGGGCUGGGCUUGAAUGGAGCCAUCAGCCUAUCCUAGGUAAGGCUGCUCAGGGACAUUAACGCUAAUUAACACCUUCAUGGGGCUGAUGAUGUCACUGGUGGUGGAGCUGCAUCUCCUCACCCUUCUGCUGCUGACACUUCAGGUCUGUAGGCAUCUCCAAGGGGUUUGCAUCCCAUCGUUCUUGUGAUACCAAAAAUGUCAUCAAAUAAAAACUUAUUUUAAGACUCAUUUGGGAGGUUUAGAAAGCGAGCAUCCUUCAUCAAGCCCAAGAUGGUGAAUGGUCUGAUCGAUGGACGAUCUCCGUCAAUCACGUGCCACCAGACUAAGGCUAGGACAGAAGAGAUGUCCCUCUUAAGUUCAUAUGAAUAAAUAUU